UCAUCCUCUCCCUGACUUCUUGAUUCCAGUGCAAAAGAUCAGCAGCUCUUCUCCCUGAGGCCUAACCUGUGACUUCCUCCUCCUGGGGAAGGUAGAAAGACUUGUCUUCUGGCCUCUUCUCUAAGACCUCCCUUUUCAAGCAAUGGAAGCAUUCAGAACUUUAACAAGAACCAACCACAGUGACCCCACAGUGUCUGUCCUCACUGAAAUCUGAAAGCAAAGUGGUCAGAGUCAUUUGUGCCCAGGCUUCCUGGAAGUGGUGUCUUCUCAGCAUGAGUCGAGCAGCCCAGGACAGACUCUUCUCCCCGACUCCCCUUGGCUUUAGAGGAGAGACUGCUGGUGACAAAAGGAACCUACUGGAAAUAAAUGGAGGAUCACCCACAAUCUCCCAGCUGUCUCCACCUACAGAUAAGGAGGAAAGGGUGGGGAACGUGCUUCUAGUGAGCUGAAUCCCAGCCCAGAUUCAGGGCUGAUCCCCAUCCCCAAAGGGCUCAGAAGUGAUUCAGGCUGCAGGCAUCCCAGGUUGAGGUUCAAGGAGCCCUGGAUUUUCUGAAUUGUUACCUGAAGAAAGGAAAAACAAACUGUCCCGAAUGCUGUUUCUACUGUUUCGGUGGGAAAAAAAAUUUCUAGCAGGAAAUUGUGACGUGUGUUCUGGGCAGGGUUUGAGGUUUUGGAACAUUUUCUAAAAGCACCCUGCUACAUUUCCUAAUCAAGAAGUUGGUGUGCAGCCGGGAGAGCUGGACUGAGUUGGUCAUGAUGCAGAAGCUACUCAAAUGCAGUCGGCUCGUCCUGGCUCUUGCCCUAAUCUUGGUUCUGGAAUCCUCAGUUCAAGGUUAUCCUAUGCAGAGAGCCAGGUACCAAUGGGUGCGCUGCAAUCCAGACAGUAAUUCUGCAAACUGCCUCGAAGAAAAAGGACCAAUGUUCGAACUACUUCCAGGUGAAUCCAACAAGAUCUCCCGUCUGAGGACUGACCUUUUUCCAAAGACAAGAAUCCAGGACUUGAAUCGUAUCUUCCCGCUUUCUGAGGACUAUUCUGGAUCAGGCUCCGGCUCCGGCUCUGGAUCAGGAUCUGGGAGUGGCUUCCUAACUGAAAUGGAACAGGAUUACCAACUAGUAGAUGAAAGUGAUGCUUUCCAUGACAACCUUAGGUCUCUUGACAGGAAUCUGCCCUCAGACAGCCAGGACUUGGGUCAACAUGGAUUAGAAGAGGAUUUUAUGUUAUAAAAGAGGAUUUUCCCACCUUGACACCAGGCAAUGUAGUUAGCAUAUUUUGUGUAGCAAGGUUAAAUGAUUAAUCUUGGGACAAAGAAUUUUAUAGAAAUUUUUAAACAUCUGAAAAAGAAGCUUAAGUUUUAUCAUCCUUUUUUUCUCAUGAAUUCUUAAAGGAUUAUGCUUUAAUGCUGUUAUCUAUCUUACUGUUCUUGAAAAUAUCUGCAUUUUUUGGUAUCAUGUUCAACCAACAUCAUUAUGAAAUUAAUUAAGAUUCCCAUGGCCAUAAAAUGGCUUUAAAGAAUAUAUUUUUUUAAAAAAAUAGCUUGAGAAGCAAAUUGGCAGGUAAUAUUUCAUACCUAAAUUAAGAAUCUGACUUGGAUUGUGAAUUAUAGAUAUGCCCCUUUUCUUAUAAAAACAAAACAAAAAAAUAAUAAAACGCAGUGAAUUUGUAGAGUGGGGGUAUUUGACAUAUUUUACAGUGUGGAGUGUACUAUAUACUAUUACCUUUGAAUGUGUUUGCAGAGCUAGUGGACGUGUUUGUCUACAAGUAUGAUUGCUGUUACAUAACACCCCAAAUUAACUCCCAAAUUAAAGCACAGUUGUGCUCUCAAUACUUCAUACUGCUUUACCUUUUUUUCCUGGAUAUCUAUGUAUUUUCAAAUGUUACUAUAUAUUAAAGCAGAAAUAUAACCAAA